AUCGGCAGAUAGCAUUAGGCUAGCUUAGUGGCUAGAAGAAAGCUAGCUCGUUGCUGACGGGGGGCGAAUCGCUUGGGCUCCGAAGGGACGACCUAAGUAACAAUUUGACCGAUUUUGCCGAAAGCAAGACAUUUUACUCGUAAAGGUCGUGGUGAGUAUUUUGUUCCCAGAUAUUUUUCAUUUUUCCUUCCUUUUUCUUUUCUUUUUGGAUUUUUUCAACGAUGCUUUUUCUAUUUUGCGAGAGGACAAAACGUAAUGUGCUGGCUAGCGUGUAGCUAGCUUAGCUGGCUUGGAGACGCUCAUCUACUUCAAACACACGAACGCUGGUUGUGGUUUUUAGAAGCACGGCGCUUUGGAUGCAUUUUAGCUACGGUUCCGCCCCCUUUUUGCAAGUUUGUGUAGUUUUAUUUUUGUGUCUAUUACUGUGAAGACUUUUGUUUAACGGGACUGAUUUGUUUUUGGCACGCUUUUCAGCCAGACCGCUAGCUAGCUAGCUAACAAGGUGGUUUGAUAGUGUCAGCUUCCUCCUUGAUUGAUUGCAGAUUAUCUACUACGCAAUUAUCGGUAUUUUGCGGGUUUUGGUUUUUGCAAGCAAGGAGACUGGUCUUACUGCUGUGCCUUUUUUAAUCCUCUGUUGGUGGUUGGCUAACGUUAGCCAUGCUAGCCGGCUGUGAAACACCGAGGCUAACGCAGGGCCCGUGUUCUACGCAGACGCCGGAUGGUGGCGCUGUUGGGGUCCAGGCCGUUGUGUUGUAGAUGGUUUAGGUAUUUUUGAAAAUCCCCAGACUUUAAUUUUCUGGCUAAUGCUACGCAGACAGCAGGUUUUUCAUGAGGAAUUUAUUUUUUUGCUUCGUGUUUUUUCCCAUGAAGAUUUGGAAAUUUUGGACUUUCUCAGUUUGUUCUUAUAUAACGUUACAAAAACACCUUUAAAUAAUUAAACGUGUGUUUAUCUGAAAGAGUAUUUGGCUGUUUGUGUAUCUAAACCAACUCACCCCUCCACAUUCACUGCUAGGCUACAUGCACACGCCAACAUCUGUAGCUGUUUUCAGUUGGACUCUAAAAUUCAAAAGUCAUUGCUCAUCACUGGGAAACUGCGUUUUCAGUUCCCCCAGUGUAAGACCUGAGAUUUUUUUUGAGUUAUGGCCUGUAUUGUUGUUUGUGUCCGUCACUUUAAUCAAAACUAAGCCUAAUUGUAUCUUAUGCAAUCUAUCCUUUUAGUUCUUUGUCCUUUCUCUGGGUCCGUGAUCAGUUAUUUUUACUCCGAUUGCAUAACUUUUGUUACGUUUUUGCUUUCACUACUGCUUCUUUGCAAGUCUUGUAAUUAAAGCGGAACAGUAAAUAUAAAAUUUAAUUUUAUGGAAAUAAAAAAUCCCCAUAAAAGCAUGAAUAAACUAAUUGGUCAUUAACAGCAUUUUUACAUUUUAGUCUUUUUAUAGACAGUGCUCUCAAUUCAAUUGUAACUUUUGUACUUUUUAACCUCUCCAUCUGCUACUUAAUAAGAGGCUAAAUUCUAUAUUAAUUAUAAUCAUUGUAGAGCAUUUUAUGCCACAUUUUAAUUAAGAACUUGCCUAAUAUAAUAUCAAAAACAAACUCCCCUUCUUAAAGGUGUGAGGACAAAGCGACUGCUAUCGUCAUCCUGUUUUCUAAGCUGAUUCUAUAAUGAUGCACAGUUAGUUGUACCUGUUGCACUGAUGUUUAAGUUGAACACAAUAUUAAAAACAGAUGUGGGUUCCAACAUAAAAUUGAAGUUAAUAAGUUUUGUAUGAUUAUAUCAGAAUUUGUCUUUCAGAUUUUGGUAUGUCUGGCAUUUUGGGGGCGUUAUAAUUUUUUUUUUUUUUUUUUACAGACAAGUCUGAAAGGGUUUUUUGGCUUUUUAACCUUUUUAUAACCCUUAGAACCGUUAUUCACACAUGUGCACUAAUCUCUUCUGUAUUCUUUAGUUUGUCUUGACCAACACACAUUUGUUAUAGUAUUUUCUUACAUACAUUUUUAAAGAGCUGUGCCACUGUUUGCCGUCACUGACACACAAUCAAACAGGUAAGAUUGGUACGAGAUAACCCUGCUCAGCUUGACUGAGGUGUGUUUUUUGUCGCCCCAGUAAAAUUCACGAGGGGCGAAGGUGAAGGUCAAGACACCAGCCCAACCAAACAGAACCCAGCCCACAGUGUCAGACGGCAGCCCUGCACACAGACGCUAUGGAUCGUUCACCCACCACCUCCAGCCUCAUGGCCAGCAGCAACAUUACCAACAAGACUGACCCGCGCUCCCUCAACUCCCGGGUUUUCAUUGGAAACCUCAACACCCUGCUGGUCACCAAGGCGGAUGUCGAAGCAAUUUUCUCCAAAUACGGGAAGAUCGUGGGCUGCUCUGUGCACAAGGGCUAUGCCUUCGUUCAGUACUCCAAUGAGAGGAACGCCCGAUCUGCUGUCGCCGGCGAGGAUGGAAGAAUGAUAGUCGGACAAGUGCUCGAUAUUAAUCUGGCUGGAGAACCCAAACCACACAGGUCAAAAACCACCAAGCGCUCAGCUGGAGACAUGUACAGCAGUUCUUCGUUUGACCUCGACUAUGACUUUCAGAGAGAUUACUAUGACAGAAUGUACUCGUAUCCAUCCCGUGUCCCCGCUCCUCCGCCGCCCUUGUCUCGGUCCGUCAUCCCAUCCAAGCGCCCGAGGGUCAGCCUCAGUGGAGGAAGCAGCCGGCGAACCAAGAGCAGCUUCUCCUCUUCCUCCAGGAGCAGUCAGAGGACUUCCUCCUCCAGAACAAACCACAUUUAUACACGAGUCCUGGUGUCAUCAUCAGAGUUUACAACACUUGCUUCUCCAGUGAAAGUGGAUGAGUUGCAGACCAUCAAACGGGAGUUGAGCCAGAUAAAAAGCAAAGUGGACGACCUGCUGGACAGCCUGGAGCGAAUGGAGAAGGAUCACGGCAAGAAGUCUGGAAAGAGCCUAAAACCGGAGCCAGGGGAGGUGACUUCACCACCUCAUUCGAGCAGCAAGAAGGACGACAGCUUAAAGAGGGACAGGGAGAGCCAGGAGAUGAACGACUCGGAGGAAGACGAGGAGGAGGAGGAUGGAGACCUGCUGGAGGAGGAAGAGGUGAAGAGUCAAGAGAGGGAUGAGGAGGAGGAGGAGGAGGAGGAGGGCGAGCACGUGGAGGGAGACGACGAGGACGAUGGCGACAGCGCCAACGGCGAGGACGACUCGUAGACGUGCACGCGGGCGGCAGUAGGAAGUCGGACUCCUGUUUUAACACUCAUUGUAGAUACGAAAGCAAACGUGCGCCCACAUACACACAACACAAGCAUGGUGCACACAUUCCCUCGACCCUAAAGCCAACUUGUUUUGAUUGUUUUGGCCAGUUGACCAGUAUCGCUGUAACAGGAAUGACUAGCUGUAGGACUGAGUUUGUGUGUUACGUGGACUGUUAAUGUUGUCAGAGACGACAGCUCGACGGACAUGUCUUAACGCGAGGACAGAAAUUCAGUUACGAAAAGACCGUUUUUAGGUUCAAUGUGUUUCUCCUCAUCGGUGGGUUUGUCUGACCUUGUGCGUCUGUACUUUAAUGUCGGUUUUUAUACUAUUCAGUUUCAGUUUAACUGUAAAGUAAUAAAUUGCAAUAAAAUAUUAAAAAUGGA